GAGCGAGCAAGCCACAGUCGCACGGUGGUCGAGACCAAGCUCGAAGUCAAGGAGGACAUGAAAAAAGAAAUCAAAGAGGAGGCUUCGAAUAACAGACAGCAGAAAGUGAAGACAGAGAUCAAGGAGGAGUCUUCGAAGGACAUGGACGAACAAGUCAAAGCGGAGAUCAUGCACGAGGACGUCAAGCAUGAGGUGAAGGAGGAGGCUUCGAAAGAUGCGCAUGUGGAAGUGAAGAAGGAAGGCAAUGAG